CGGCCCCCCGUGCAAGAUCAGCCCCUGCCAAUACAUCUCUGCUGACUGCCCAUGGAGCUCUAGGCGGGAAGCAGCAGGUAGAGGCGUGCCAUGGAUUGCCCCAUCAAGGAGGCGCUGUCGGUGGUGAGUGAGGACCAGUCGAUAUUUGACCCAUCCUUCAGCACCCCACACCUCUUGAAGACAGAGCUGCCCUCAGUGGAUGACUAUGGCGACAAAGGCCUCAGCUUGGAGGAGCCUCAGUGGUCGACCCAGAACAACAACAGAAGCCAUGUGGUGAAGCAGGAAACCGAGCAAGUCAACUGCUCCAGCAGGCAGUCACCUGUCGAUUGUAGCAUAACACGGCGGAACAAAGCAGGAGGAACAGUUGACCCUUCCCAGAUAUCAUACCCAGGUGGAUACAACCCACGCAACAGCCCCCCAGCCAACCCCCCCAGCGAGGAGAAAAGGGUCAUCGUUCCAGCAGAUCCCAGCGUCUGGACACACGAACAUGUCCGUCAGUGGCUGGACUGGGCAGUGAAGGAGUACAGUCUCCUGGACGUGGACCACACCCUCUUCCAACACGUGGACGGCAAGGAGCUUUGCAAGCUGGGAAAGGAAGGCUUUCUACGACUCACCACACCGUACAACGCGGAUAUCUUACUGUCCCACCUCUCCUACCUACGGCAGAGCAGCCCCACGUUUACCUACCCGUCUUCACCAGUAAUCACCCAGCAACCACCCCCACCCCCACCGAGGGCCCAAGUCAAAUCCGAGUCUCCCUAUGAGGAAAUCCGACGGAGCAGCUGGAGUAGUGGCCCGAUCAGCACAACUCCCAAAGGUUCCCCACCACAGAUCCAGAGCGUGGGCCGAAAUCCUCCUGAUUCUACACGGGUCGCACCAGAUCCAUACCAGGUCCUAGGACCCACUAGCAGCCGCUUGGCAAACCCAGGCAGCGGGCAGAUCCAGCUAUGGCAGUUCCUCUUGGAGCUGCUGUCAGACAGCAACAACGCCAGCUGCAUCACCUGGGAAGGGACCAAUGGCGAGUUCAAGAUGACUGAUCCCGACGAGGUGGCCCGGCGGUGGGGCGAGCGCAAAAGCAAGCCCAACAUGAACUACGACAAGCUGAGCCGGGCGCUACGCUACUACUACGACAAGAGCAUUAUGACCAAGGUGCAUGGCAAGCGGUAUGCCUACAAGUUCGACUUCCAGGGCAUCAACCAGGCCCAGCAGGGGCAACCGGGGGAGCCCGCCCUGUACAAGUACCACCCCACGGACCUGCCUUACCUGCCCUCUUACCACCAGCAAAAGGUGGGCUUCAGCCUUGGCCACACUGCACAGAUGCCUGCCUCCCCUGCCGGCUUUUUCGGGGCACCCGGCCCUUACUGGAAUUCCGGCAGCGGGAACCUGUACCAGAACCCCCCCGUGCCAAGGCAGGCGGGCAACCACUUGAGCUCCUUCUACUAGUCCCUUGACCACCUUGAGGGUUAUGAAGCUACCUGGGACUUUGACCAGCCAGAAGAUCUUCUUACACAAACACCAGUCAACCCCUUGGGACUGAGACUUUCUGUCUUAUCCACCUGGAAUAAAAGGGUGAGCGCAUGUGUGCCAAAGCCACCCACACUUCUCCUGCCAUACCACAAAGUCCUCUGCCCUUCACUGUUAGGAUUCAGCACUAAAAAAAUGCCCAAUGGAAGGAAAUGAAGACAGGACAGCCCAAGAGCCCCCAACCAAAGAUUCCCUCUGGGGCCUCCUUCAUAGCACCCAGACUGUGUGUCAUUACAUUAUAUAAGCACACAUUGCACAACUUGCCUGCCUCUAUAGGGUUCCAAGGAGAACAGGGCCCCUGGAAUUUUGUCCUGAGCCACAAAACCACCAGUUCUACUAUUUCGAGAGUGGUAGCCCUGUAAGUCUGUAUUAUCAAAACCAAACAGGAGUCUUCGGGCUCCUUAAAAACUAACACAUCAUUUAGCUUACACUUUUGUGAGCUAGACAGCCCACUUUAUCAGUCUACAGCAUCAGAUGAACUGAACUUCAGACCAUGAAAUCUUAUAUGCUAGAGGAAAAACUAGUUCGUUUUUAAGGCGCCCCUAGGCUCGUGAUUAUUUUUGGAUCUGAUAUUAUCAGUGGCCUUAAGUUUGUGCUCAUCAGAAGACAGAUCUGGAUAGUCUCCCCUUUCCCUGAUAGUUCAGUUAAACAUAAUAGAACCCAGUGGGCCUGAUCUCGUCAGAUCUCAGAAGCUAAGCAGGGUUGGCCUUGGUUAGUAAUUGGAUGGGAGACCUCCAACGAAGACUAGAGGCAGGCAAUGGCAAACCACCUCUGUUAGUCUCUUGCCAUGAAAACCCCGCUAGGGGUCACCAUAAGUCAACUACGACUUGAGGGCAUUCUCCACCAAAUAUAAUGCACAAAGACUGAAGCCAGACAUCUUGCUUAACUACAACUAAAGAAAAAUGUGCACAAAGCAGAGUUGCUUCCAGGUUUGCAAUUAUGCCUCAUUCCUCCCCACGCCCCCCGUCUCUAAGAAUUUGGGUUAAAAACUAACUCUGGUUACUUGUGGUGCUCAAUACAGGCACAUGGAUUAACAGGGGUUAAUUUUCCUUCCACUAACAAGAGAUCCUAAACCAUCCAGGCUUAGAAGCCGAGGCGGCCUAGGGGAACCACCUACUGGUCUACCGUUCUUUCUUUCCCCUUCUGCUUUGUUGAUGACGUCUCUACCAUAUUCUGCUGCGUGCAGGUCACCAAGCCUUAUCAAUUCAGAGCAAGAGAAGAAACAUGGAACAAGAGCAACUUUGAGUCUCCUGCAGGGCUUUUUUUCAGCUGGAACGCAGGGGAACGGAGUUCUGGAACCUCUUGAAAAUGGUCACAUGACUGGUGGCCCCGCCCCCUGAUCUCCAGACUGAGGGGAGUUUGGAUUGCCCGGGGGGGGGGCAAUCUAAACUCCCCUGUCUGGAGAUCAGGGGGCGGGGCCACCAGCCAUGUGACCCACUGAGUUCCACCACCUCUUUUCCCAGAAAAAAAGCCCUGGUCUCCUGUAACAUCUAGUUCUGCCUGGUGCUUUAAAUCUUGAGAUGAAAGCAGGCCUAACGUUUUUAAUGUGCUGAUGGUGGUUCAAAAAUCACCUUGCUGCCUGGAAAAUUCAUACAGUUUUCUGUUCCGAAGUAAACACUUGGGGGAGGGGAAACGACUCUGCACGCCUCCUAUGUAUUGACAAGGAAAGCUGGUUGGGGUGGGCACCUAUUGGCUAAUACCUGUAACUCCACCAACUUCUCUUCCAUUCCAAUCCCCCAAGCUGUUUUGCAAUUAAAAAAAAAUGUUCUUGAAUUUUUUUUUGUAAAGUGAAAGAUGAAAAUAUAUGCCUCGGACUGUAUAUAUGUAGCUUUAAAAUGUAUUUUUAAAGGAAGAUAGCCCUCUUAUGGCAAGGAAGGAAAGACUGGAGCAUGAUCCAGCAUGAACUGGCCUCUCAGACUGGAAGAAGGCAAGUUACAAAGUUGAGUUCACAAUGCAGGUGUGACCGAUGUUCCAUCUGUCUUCACCCUUGAGUGCCUUGCCGGUAGAUAACUGUUUUCCUCCAGUGGUUGCAAACCUCAAACAUGACUAGGAGAGAACAUUAAAUUCAACAGAGCUCACUGACAAUCUAGCAGUACAUUCAGACUUGAGAGUGACCCUAUUAUCUUUUAAUCUGUAUGUGUCAUAACAAACGGUACCCAGUGCGGGGUUUUCUUCUAGGAAAAAUACAACCUUGCCUCUAAACAGGCUCUAGAGGUGAUCCGAUAAGGAAAUAUCUACUCUACCAACUUCUAUCGGUUUUCUGUUGCUUUGGCUCUCCAAAGAAUCUUGAGAAUUCAAGAUUUUUUUAGAGGCUGUGCGUUCUUUGUCGGAGAGCCGUAGUCACACCGUUUGCAAAACUACAAUCUGCAGAAAAGUCAUCACAAUUCAAAUUGUUCUAACUCCGUAGUGUAGCUUUAUGAGAAGGUAAUUAAGAGGUUACAGGCAGCUGCGGUGGUCCAGAACAAAAUCUGAAAACAAAAUCCACAGGAUUCCUCUUAUGAAAACCAACCACAAUAAAACUGUUGAAACUUU